AUGUCAUUAGGAACGGCCAUGCCUUUAUCUAAGUAUUCAGAGCCCGCAGUGACAUUUUCAAAAAGAAAGUCGCCCGAGAACCGAACUCCCCAGCCCGAUGAAUUGCCCAUCUACAUGUUGGUCGUCCUCUUCUUGAUGCUAUACAACAAGCCCUGGUUGCCUUUCAACACUCUUGGAGAUGAUACCGAGCAGUCACUCCUGCCCGGUCGUACGAUAAUCAGCAGGUCCAGCCCUCGCCACCUUCGCUCUUCGGAUCACAGGAUGGCUCAGCAGGAUCUACGAUGGAAACUGCUUGCCAGACAAGAGCUCGCCCAAAAGCAGAGAGACGCCGAACAAAAGGGUUCGAUCUCACCAAAAGAGAGACCAGCAGACAUGGCCCCUAUCUGGACCAAAUUUGAGCGUUUGAAGAAGAAAAACGGGUCCAGAUUGAAACGAACGUGCCAACUCCUUCACUGUGGUUCCCGUCACCUCUCCCGCAUCCUUCUGAGUGUAGAUCUGCCCUUGCAGAAGCUGGGAACGGACCCAAACACUCUGUCACAGAUCACGCUGAAGGCACCAGUGGCCUUCGCGGAGCAAAACAAGUCUUUGGGAGCUGUUGCGCUUAGAUGGCUCGCUGCAAAACUUUCCGAAGAGACUACCGAGAGAACGGCGAUGGAGUUUUGGAGACUGGCGGCUCUAGUAGCGGAACACUGUGCUGCUUCCAAAGCAUGA